AUGGCGGUUUUCGCUGUUUCCUGUGUCUUACCGGUGGACAGUACUUCGCUUGUUCUUCCCAGAUUGGGGCAUACAAAAUUGCAAUCCCAAGGUCGACAUCGCAGUGCGAACAUUAGUCCUCCCAACAGACGCACACUCAUCAGAGCCGGUUUAGCUUUGACAAAGGAGAAAGUAGUUGACGCUGGCAAGGUAGAAUUUGUCAAUGACAGGGCUGCCGAUGACUCAAAGGGCUGGACAAAUGCCAUUAAUCUGCCAGACCAGCGGGUUGUCAUCAAUGGCGCUGUACCCGCUUCCGGUUUAAAGGUCCUGGCGAUUAUUCUCGGUAUGGGAGCAGCUGCGCUUAUGGCGCUCGUGAGCAAGUUCCAGCCGUCGCAGCUUGCCGAAGAGCAAAGACAUGCUGCUCGCUUCUUCAAGAGAUUGGGAGCUGAUGUGGAGGCCACUUUACAGGUUGAUCCGCGACUGCGCGCAGAAGCAUCUAUCUAUUGGGAGCAGUCGAUCGCCACCAAGUUCCCCAAGCAAGUGCUUCCAUCGAAGAUCAGUGGCGAUGUAGAUCUCGCCAGACCUGAGGUUGAAGUGUACCCAAAUUCUCAUACAAAUGGAUGGACAAGGUCUGCAGUGGAAGACCUCAGGCACACUGCUGAACUUCUGCGCACUUCAGACAUUUCAGAAUACACAAGUAUGGCCAACAGUGCCAAGGGUCUCAACCUGAUUUUGUCGAUCACUUCUCCCAUGAUCGCUACAGCGGGUGUUGUUUUAAACAUGGCUGGCUGUCCAGCUGUAGCUGCAGCAGUUACCGUGGGCUCCCUCUUCGUGCAUACGCUGACACACGCUCUUCAGAUGGGCGCUGUGAUUGAGGUGUACAGAAACUGCGCGGGCUAUUAUGCUGCAGUCGAGAGGUCCAUCGAGCAAACGCUGCGCUUACCUGUUGAGCAACGUGAAGAUGCAACCAUCUUCCAGCAAAAGAUCGCAGUGCUACUUGGAAGGAGACCAGCAGUGACACCGAUGGUGCCCCUCGACAAUAAAACUGCCGGAGUUUUGUUCUGA